UUGCCUGUCGCGUCUCAACUCGCCGGGGGGCCCGCCGCCUCUGCCGUCACAUCCGUGGUGCUGUGCUCGACACUGCCGUUCCACCUGGCCCCUGGCCGUUGUCAACAAAACAGACGCCACCAACGCAUCGUCGCUAGGACCUGCUUCAUUUGACAGCCACUCUGAAGAGCGCGAUACGAUAACACAGCUUUCCACGCCACCGGUAACAAAUGAAGCCCGUAUAAACCGAAACUGCUCUUAACAAUUUCUUCAAAAGCAGCGGGAGGAGACGAGUAUAACAGUACGAAAGAGAGACCAGAAACCCGACCUUAGAAUCUCGCUCUGUGCCCAUCCGAAGGCUAUAAGGUGUCGAAUUUCCGAAGCCGAAUAAGCCGCUUUCCCUCCUCGCUGACUGGCGGAAGUGAAGCUUUCACAAGCGCAGCUGGGCGACCGCUUGUGCCUGAGUGAACCCCGUACAGAUUCUACUUUCUGUUCAGAAUUACAAGCAGAGGGCAUCGUUGCUGGUGCUGUCUGUUUCGUCUUCUUGGACGCAAACGCUUUUGAUAAGAGCUGUCAAAACAUAAGCUAUAAAGUCAUUAGCCCCAGUAGUCUGGUUGGUGAAGCUGUGACUCGUCGCUGGUGAUAAGUUGGAACUGAAAAAUAUCGACAGCGAUCAUCAUUACUGGUACUAUUUGUCACUGACUACUUCUUUCUUUGGCGGGAAGACCGUCCUAAAUAAAAGCCACAUCUCAAUCGUUUGAAUAUAACAGCGAUUCAACGUUUCUACCCGGAGCGGUCCAACCAUAUACUACGUGGUAGAAGAAGUGUGGUAGAACAGCACAGAAGAUCGUAGAAUACCGGAAGCAGUCUAAGUAGUUUCUGUGUAGAAGAAGACGCCGUCGGAAGCUCACCAAAGCAAGAAAGCGCAGCGGCUGAGACGCCAGCGGCACCUCCAGUGGUCCAUCAGUCUCCAGCGACGCCGUCGCCUCCAGUGUUCCAGCAGUCUCCAGCGACGCCGCUGGAAUCCUCCGCCUCGGCCCAGCGCGCAGCGGGACGGCGAACCGGCGGCAGCCGCACUUCUUUAGUGUUUAUCUGUUUUAUCGGAGAGAUAACGGAGCGCUCAAACAUGACCAUGUCCAGUCGGUGGAAGGCCGUCGUGCACCGGAUACGGAAAAGCUUGGCGGUGAAGAGUGGCGAAGACCGGCCCAAGCCGCAGGAUCUGCCAACCAACGGUGAACCUCUGCCUUCGCUGGAAGAAAUUCGGAGUUGGGGAAAGUCGUUCGACAGACUCAUGAAAAGUGCCGCCGGCAGAAAGGUGUUCCGCGACUUUCUGCGCUGUGAAUACAGCGAAGAAAACAUCCUUUUCUGGCUUGCUUGCGAAGAUCUGAAAAAGGAGUCGAACCCCGAUGUGGUUGAGGAGAAGGCCAGGUUCAUCUACGAGGACUACAUCUCUAUCCUCUCGCCUAAAGAGGUGAGCCUAGAUUCGCGGGUGCGCGAGAUCGUCAACCGCAACAUGGUGGACCCGACGCCGCACACGUUCGACGAGGCGCAGCUGCAGAUCUACACGCUGAUGCACCGAGACUCGUACCCGCGCUUCGUCAACUCGACGCAGUUCAAGAAGCUGGCGCAGCUCACCAGCAACGGUAACGACGCCAGCGGCGCCGCGACGCCCACCGGCAAGGACAAGGAGAAGGAGAAGGACAAGGAGAAGGACAAGGACGCGCCGACGUCGUCCUCUGGUCGCAAAGACAGCAGCGCGUAACGCAGCACGGCCUACGCACGACGCCCUCCUGCUGGGUCCCAUGCACCGCCCAACGCCCCCGCAAGCCCCCACCCUUCACCACGACACCUGCCACCGGCACUGCAUCGUCAUCGGCCUCACGAAGACAUUACCAUAAUGGCCUAACGCGGAGGGACCGGUGCAUCACUCUGGCCCAUCUCCCCCUUGGUGCCCGCGGGUCGGACACCGAUUUGCAAUUCGUGUCAGCUCAUCGCGACGGCAAAGGUCGAGGUCAGCGCGGACAGCAGUAGCGUCCAUCGGGGAUUACGUAGCAUGGCACGAGAGCCCACUGGUUUCUGGGCACGUCAUCGGGAUACUCCUGGAUCAGCGCUGCGGUCUACGUGCGCACUCACUGGGGAAUGAGUUCAGCUUGGCAACUUCCCUACUCACCUCCAUUCUCCCGUUCCUGAGAGUCGUAAGCUUCCCUACCGAUAGCUCAGAGGUGACCACUGGUCCUGCCACCUUACUCCAGUUCCGCUGCCCUCUCCCCGCCACCCCCCACCACUGUUCACUCACAGAUGACCCCUCGGAGCAAAGCUGUGUGGCUGUUACGAACUGCUGUACAUUUUCAUCCAGACGCGAGGAAACGCACAAAAAGUAUGGGCAAGUGGGUGUUAUCGACGGCAGCUUUGCAAUACCCUAUCCCGUUCCUGGAAUGUAUUUCUUUUUUCUUUUUUUUUGGCAUGAAACCGAAUGGUGCAACGAAAUAUUACGCUACGUUGGUGCCAAAACGAUUCUGGUUGGCCGAGCGAGGAAUAGGAUUCGCUGCUAGGUGGCGUGGAUUGUACCAAUAUGCUAUUUUUGAUGAAAGCGAAUGGACUGCCACUGCGCCGAGCGUUACAAAAACUUUUCACGAGAGCUGAAAUGCAAACCCCGUAAAAGGCCCUACAAAUUUUACGUUAUCGUGAUUCUAGUCCUUACAGUAUGUUUAUUUCGAAUAUUAUGUUGACUGUCUUUUAAGAGAUGAUUAUUUCUUUACUCUAGUCGUUAAAGUCAAAGAAAUAAUACUAGUCAUUACAGAUAAAACGUUCCUAUGUAUUUGGUUGUAUGUCAAUUGACAACUGAUAUAUUUUUCUCUUUUAUUUAAUUAAAUAUAUCAAGAUGAAUAAGCAAGUAAGGGAUCAGGCUGUUAAACUUAUUAUGUACAUAUAUAAAUAUAUAUUUCAAGAAGUUACAGACUUUGUAGUAUAUAUAUAUGUUUGAAACAAAAAAUAUUAUGUCGUUUAGUACAGAAGCUCUUGCAGGUCUGAUACAACUGCCUCACAAAAAACACAAUUUGAAGAAAAAAAUUAAUUGCACAUUAACAAUGUAUUUUUGUCGUGAAAGGAUUUCGAUCUUAGCGACCAGACGAUUAAUGCUUUUUUAAACAGACAAUUAUGAAACGUUGUAGCUGUGUGAAAUUUUGCUGAUUGCGGAUGUACGUAGUGAAUAAUUGUGUAAUUAGAAAACACCUAAUAGUAUAUUCCUACCCGACCUUGCACCUCUUCAAGUUCACUUGUUAACUCAGCUAGCCUUGAAAUAUUUUAUAAUAAAAUCAUCGCUCCAUAUGUGUACUUAAUACUGAUAUUUACUGUACUAAUGUAAUGACCAAGUCUCCUCGUAAAGACCAAUUAUUAUAUGAAUGAUGCACAUUUUUAUUAAACUCCAUAUUUAUAGGUCGAUAGGAGCUCAAAUGUAAUUGAUGUACAUCAUGUUUGUGUACACAAAAUAAUAAUUAUCCUCAAAGUGAUCAUAAAAAUAUAUAUACAUAAUUAUUAAGUGUGCUGUUUAAUGAAAAUAAAAAGCGAAAAUAAUUGUGCAAAUACACCGACGUUCCGUGCGACAGACAAUUUAAAUAACAUAAAAUCUCUUGGAAGCUGCAGACAUUCGUCAUAUUCAUCUUCUCAGUGGUUUGUUUGGUGGUUUAAGGACUCAGUGAAACAAUUCAGAGAAUAUAAGUGAGAUAACAAAAUUUUAGAUGCGUAUCGAUAAAAGACAAUCGUUACAUGCAAUCGCUUUAUGCAUCACCUGUGUACAUUCUCUAAAGAAACAGAUUACAAAUAAAUAAUUAUUGAUAUUGUAGAAGAUGAGUAAUGUGAACAGUGUGUAAGGCACAAACUGUAAGAAAGACAGAGUAUUACUAAUAAUUCCUCAGUAUGAAAGUGUAAAGUUUUGUGUUCGUUGCGUGUUCAGCAAGAUUCUUUAUCAGAAGUGUUUUUCUCUACAAGUAAGUGUGUACGGUGCUGCGGCUGUUUUUAAUCAUUUAUUCCGUCAAAAAAGUCA